AUGGGCCGGUUCAAGCCACCGACCAAGGCCGAGAAGGUCGCGCACGUCGAGCUGCGCAAGGGUGUGAUCAGGAUCGAGCCCGUCGAGAAUGACGGGUCGCCCCGCUCGUGGAUUGUCCUCACGCAACUGAAGACGCUGUUUCAGAAGCAACUGCCCAAGAUGCCGCGAGAGUACAUCGCGCGGCUGGUUUAUGACAGUAACUCGCGCUGCAUGGCCAUCCUGAAGCGAGGGCUGAAGGUCGUCGGUGGCAUCUGCUUCCGCCCGUUCCCUCACCGCGGGUUUGCAGAGAUCGUGUUCUUUGCCACCAACUCCGUCGACCAAGUCAAGGGCUACGGCGGCAUGCUCAUGGACCACUUCAAGGCGCACAUCCGGCGGACGUACCCCGACAUGAUGCACUUCCUCACCUACGCGGACAACUUCGCCGUGGGCUACUUCAAGAAACAGGGCUUCUCGAAGGAGAUCACGCUGCCGCGCUCGGUGUGGGCGGGGUACAUCAAGGACUACGAGGGCGGGACGAUCAUGCAGUGCACGAUGCUCCGCAAGGUGGAUUACCUGCGCACGAGGGAGAUCAUCGGGCAGCAGCGCGAGGCGAUCCUCGAGAAGAUACGCGAGAAGAGCAGGAGCCAUGUCGUGUACCCUGGCCUCUUUCAGAAUGGGGAGACGGGGCCGCUGGAUCCUAAGGAUGUCCCAGGGCUGAGAGAGAGUGGGUGGACAGCUGACAUGGUCUCCACGAGGGGUAUUGCGUGGUCCAAGAGCACCGAGCACAACAUCAUGCGCAAACUCCUGUCUGAUUUACAAGCCCAUCCCGUCUCGUGGGCGUACUUGCAGCCAGUGGACCUCGAAGUGGUCACCGACUACUUGGACUACGUCUCGACGCCGAUGGGCAAGUACCUUCUUCUCCACUUUGCCACGAUUGAGGGAAAGCUCAACACCAAUGCGUACCCAAACCUCGACGCGCUCGUGGCGGAUGCGCAGCUCGUGUUCGACAACGCGAAGACGUACAACCCUCCCGAUUCGCCGUUCCAUAAGAAUGCGAAGCAGAUGGAGAAGUACAUGAGGGACUGGCUGGUGGAACGGGUGAAGAAGGAAGAGUCAUGA